UCUAAGUAUUCUUUUAUUUAAAGCUUCGAGCUUAUCUGCAUCGCGCGCUCCACAAAAGUGCCAGACAGAGGAGCAAUAAUAAAAGUGAGGUAAAAUAUACGCUUUGUAAAGUUUGAAUAAGAUUUCCUUGCGUAUGAGUUUUCUAAAGCGCAACAUAACAUUAAAUUGAUUAUUAAUCUUUUUGCAUACAUUUGAUAUAUGUUUAGAAAAACUCAGAUUAUUAUCUAUUUCCAUUCCAAAAAUCUCUAACGUGUCCUUUACUGGGAAGGAAAAACCAUACUCCGUAUCACCGAGGAUUAGACACUGGUGCUUGCUUUCAUUAACUAACAUCCCAUUUUCAUGGUACCACUGAUUGGCCACGCCAACAUCAUGAGAUACGCAUGCAUCCAGAGCUGCCGGAUCGACGUGGGAGUAGUAUACCUGAUGAUCAUCCGCAUAAGCGUUCAACUUGGCCUUCUUGACGUGGAAGAAAAGAUCGUUUAUGAAAAUGUUGAAUAGCAUGGGACCUAACACACUCCCCUGCGGGACCCCACGCUUGACGCUUUCCCAGGUCGAAAAGGUGUCUCCAACUUUAACUCUCUGAGUUCUGCCAGAGAGAUAGUUCCUAAUUAGGGCACAACUUUUGUCGUCCAUACCAUAGGCCCUCAGUUUCGAAAGGAGGAGUGGAUACUGAAUAACAUCAAACGCUUUGGAGAGAUCCAUAGAAACUACCGCAACAAGCUCCCCCCUGUCACGCAUCAUUCUCCAGUCCUCGGUCAACCUUAGCAAAGAGGUCUCGCAACUAUAAAACUUUCUAUAAGCGCUUAUGAAGUCUGAUAAGACCCCAUUGUAAAAUUCAUACAUCUGCCCCGAUAGAAGCCUUUCAAAAAUAUUGUUUAGAGCAGGGAGCACAGUUACGGGCCUAUAGUUGAUCUUACAAAACUCGUCGUCUUUUUUGUACAGAGGAGUAACCAUGCCCAUCUUCCAGCUAGCAGGAUAACAGCAAUGUUCAAUGCAACAGUUUAUUAUACUUGUUAUAGGCCGCGCAAUAACAGCUGCCGCUUCUUUAAUCAACUUUGGUGGGAUCAUAUCGUGACCAGGUGACUUACGUACAUUGAUCUCUUUUAGUAAUAGCUCAACCUGGGUUUCACUUGCGCGAUGAAAACUGAAGCAAGCUGGAGCACUAGAGCCCCUGUGUUCAUGGAUUGCUUUGAUGCUGGGAUGAUUUGCAUAAUCCUCACCGUAAUCCUCUGCUCGUAUUUCAGGCAUGCUGUCAGCAAUGUGAACAAAGUAGUCAUUAAGCAGAUUGGCAAUCUCCUUUUUGUCACUAAUAAUCCUGUCAUUUUCUUUCAAGAUAAUGUCAUUGGCUUGCUUACUUUUAGUAUGCAAAAAGGGGCGGAAAGUAGACCAGAAUUCGAGCGGGUGUUCGGUGUCUGCUGUUUUCCUCGCGAAGUGUUGUUUUAUUGCUUUUCGCCUAAGAGAGGUGCAGGUAUUACGUUGAGUUUUGUAUGCCUCGUAAUUUGCAUCAGUACGAUUGCGCGUGAAUUUUUUCCACAGUUUGUUGCGAUGCCUGAUCGCCCUCCUCCAUUGUUCCGUCAUAUAAGGCACCUGAUUACCACGUAUCAUUGUUUGCUUGAUAGGUGCGUGUUCAUUGAGAACACUUAGAAACAAUUGCUCAAAAGCAUAAAGCUUAUCAUCAAGUUCAUCAAACAAAUCAAUUAUGUGGAAAGGCACAAUUUGCAUAUCAUGCACAAAGUUCUCUCGACUGAAGUUUUUCAGACUACGAAAACAAAUCUUGCGAGAUCGAGUCCUUGGUGCUGAUGAUCGCAGGAUAGUAUAAACUAACGAAUGAUCACUAAGUUGCGUGUCUACCACGCCUGAUGUUAAGACCUUUUUCUUGUCAUUCGUCAGGAUUAGGUCCAGCAGUGUUUCAGUUGUUUUUGUUGUGCGAGUUGGUUCCGUAAUCAAACAAUCAAGAUUAAAAAUAUCUAGCAGAUCUAGUAGAGCCCGACCGUCUCUGUGUUGUUUAUCAGGAGCAAGAAGGUCCGCGUUUAAGUCUCCUGCUAGGAAAACCGUGUUUGUGAGCGAGGAAACUGCUUCGAAGAGAACAGAGAGUUCACGCGUCCACUGAGAUCUCACAAUCGAGGGAGGUCGGUAAAUGCCCACAACAGUAAUCCAAGUCCUCGGUAGUUUGACUUUCAAAACAAUCGACUCCGUUUUAAAGGUUGACCAUGUAUCAGAAGAGAGCCCUUUGAGCUCUUUAACUCUAAUAAAGCAGAUAUCACUCCUUACGAACACCAUCAAUCCACCUCCUCCAGCCUUUCUGUCACGACGACUCAAACGAAAACCUUCAACGUGAAACAUAGAGUUAGGGAAAGUAGCAUCUAUUUUAGUUUCGGAUAUUAUCAAAACAUCCAGCCUACCAGAUUGUAGCCAAGUCUUAAUCUCAUUGAAUUUGAAACCGCCAAUACUGUUCGCGUUGAUGUGUCCUAGUUUGAGAUUUGAUCGAUGAUUAUUAGCCUUCUGAUCAAAGUCGGCCCAUAUUUCAUUUUCAGCCUCCGUUCCACCUUCGACUUGGACUUGAUCAAUAUCUCCUUCGGUGUCUGAAUCUUCGAAAAAGCUGUCGCUUAGUGGGGGUAGAGAACAUUUACUACAGUACCAAGCCUGUACAUCACGAGUACGUAAUUCCUUAAAGCUCGCACCAGAACACUUCACAUGAAACGUCUUUCCACACAAACCCGCACAACGGACGCCAUCUUGGUUUCUUCGAAGGGUCUUUGAACAACCACCGCAAAUAGAUUUCGAGUGAUUAGAAGCGUCCCCUUUCUCUGGUCCUGGGUUACUACUGAUGUCCCCUGAAAGCUUGAGAAGUUCAAAUUGAGUUGUAGCGGUAGAAUUAAAUCAGAAUAAAAUCAAGAAAUAAUUCUCCCUCGAAUCUUCGUAAGUGAAUCAGCUUUGCAGUGCCUUACCUGAGAUAAAAAGUGGGCCGAAUAGCAAAACAUUUCUAGCGCAAUUUGGGUCCUUUGUGGAACGCAGUGUAUUGCUGAGCGAAAGGUGAGUAAACAAACGUGGGAAAGUACGUUACCUUUGAUUGCGUGACCAGCCAGUAAACGAUAGUCUCCAGCGAAAAAUAGGAUUCGCAAAAAUCUUGCUUAUGUAUAUUUAACAGUUUGUUACUAUAAAUUUACACCUGGUUUGUCUAAAACUUUAAACAAUGCAUAUCUGUCCAAGAGUAUAAGAAUGUCUCGAAAGAUCCACCCCUAAAUAACUGUGGGCUACUCCUUUUUCCCCAUCACCGAUGUGCACUUCCUUCCCACUGUCUUUUGCAUGAGGCUUGUAUGCCUUUUUUAACUGUAUCGACACUUAAAACUGGCCGUUUAAGGCCUGGUUUAAGAACUUGACUGACUUAAAAAACUGUCGCGAACAUGCGCUAUUAUUGUUGGACUUUGGAAGCUUUAAGCCCAAAAUGAUGGUGCAAUCUCGAGAAAUUUGCCCGGGUCUAAUUAUAAGACAGGGAAUGGGUACUAAGAAAGGGACGGUCUCAUUUAGCAACCCGUGGACAAUCUGGGCAUGCUUGCCUUCUGUCGCAGGGGCAACCGUUAAGCCCAGGUACGCAGCCCCCACCCGAAAAAAGCGACUGAAAUGGUGGAUGCCAUGCAAUCCACCAUUUCAGUCGCUUUUUCCACAUCAUGACCUUCAAUUAUCAUGAAUUAUAAUGCGGGCCUUGAUCGUUGCCACUUUACCAGAAGUCUAAUCUUCGCACUGUAAGACCAUGAGAAUCUCUAUUAUUAUUCCAUAAAUGCACCAUUAACUUUUCCUUGCUCAGCUUCCGGUAACCCGAUACUCCGAAGCAAAAAUAGCUUUACAACAACUCUAUCUAGGCCAGAACUCCUGCUAUCAACAAAUAUAUACCCCCCCCCCCUAAAGAGAGCAAACUUUCCCCGAACUACUCACUUGACCCAGCCCAUCCCUUCGUUAAGAAAAACUACGCACUCAGUUAACUAGACAAAACGCGCUCGUGAAUAUACCAAACUAUAGUUGUUCAUCCUACAAGCAAUCUCAGUUUCAGCAGGCGUGGCCACGUUUCCAGUUGCUGUAAGAUUAAUUCGACACCUGCAACAGACACUGUAAAUUAAAUAGCAGCCACAACAACCUUCUUUGAAACCGUCAGGACGAGAAAGUUUAUAAAAGACUUAACAGGUGUGCGCGGCGGAUUCUUUUUCUUCCUUCCCUCCCAUUGUAGCACUCAAAUUCUGACCCUGAUAUUAAUUCUAUCUAGUAGUAAUCAAUCGUUCCUGAGCCGAUAGGCACAAGGAUACCAGUUUCUUGCAAAAUAUGCUGUGACAUCCGUUUGCUCAUCCCCCUUUCUGCCUUCGGCCGCUGAUUAGGUUUGGUUCUGUGCUUUGAAAUAACUUUAGGAACGAAACAGAAUACGUGAGGGGCGUGUCCGGCUAAGGGCAAGUGACUCUCGGUGGUGAAGACAUAUGCUGAGCUUGUCAGUAUUUCGUAGCCUGUACCACGUCGCGAAAAUAGAACAAGCCAAAGAAAAAUAAGACGUCUUUCUUUCCCCAGCCCCCGCAGGUUUUUCGCAUUACUUUUUACUGCACAACUGAUUCUACCUUUCGAGCCGGAGCGAACAUGGACGCCCUUGGGGUUAAGUUUCCACUUCAUUUUCGGCACCUGACUAAACGCAAGCGUUGACUUGUGCGCCUAUGCUUCGUUUGCACUGAAGUAGCAGUAUAUGACCACGACAGACUUGCUGCUAUCCUUGGUUUGAAACCGCAAUGAGCAAGAACAAUUUCUUGAAAAGAGCAAACUAUUUCCUCCUUAGCAGACAUGGAGAACAACUACUAGGACUUAAGCAAUGCCAUUGCUUAAUUAAGUCCUAAUAGACUCGAAAAGAGAAAGCAUGAUGCUUUCUCUUUUUAAUGAUUUACGGCUAAACAGUACAAUUUCAUGUAACUUUUACGCAAAAUUAAAUACUUAGUUGUUUGCAGAAUUACAUUUAACAACAAAUGACA